CAUCCAGGUAUCGAUCUCCAGGAUGUCUAUGAUUACAAUGAGUACUGGGAGAUGACCCGUCAGCUGUACGCUCCGUUUGACUGCACCGCCACCAUGAAGUCGGGGAACGCCGACGUGUAUGAGAAUGAGAUUCCUGGGGGACAAUACACCAAUCUCCACUUCCAGGCCCACAGCAUGGGCCUGGGCAACAAGUUCAAAGCCGUCAAGAAGGCCUACACUGAAGCCAACAAGCUCCUCGGAGAUCUGAUCAAGGUGACGCCCUCGUCGAAGAUCGUGGGGGACCUGGCGCAGUUCAUGGUGCAGAACAACCUGACGGCAGAGGACGUGGAGCAGGACGCCGAGGAGCUCUCCUUUCCCCAGUCGCUGGUGGAGUUCCUGCAGGGAUACAUCGGCAUUCCGCACGGAGGCUUCCCCGAGCCGUUCCGCAGCAAGGUACCUCGCCGUUCCGGGAGCCUGCUCCACCCAGCCCACCCCCAACCUCCCCACCCUUCCAAUUUCCCUCCCUCCCCACCUCCCAAUCCACAGCGACAGCCGCAGGGAGGGAGUCGCAGGAUCUUGACCUGGGCCACACUGAAGGGACGGGGGGAGUGGCUGAUCGGGUCACACGGCAUGGAAACAAGCCCUUCGGCCCAACAGGCCUGUGCCUACCAGAGUAAACUGGGCCAGCAUUUGGCCCAUGUUCUCUCUCAAGCGUUCACAUACCCCAUCCAGAUGCCUUUUAAUUGUACCCACCUCCUCUACCUCCCCCGGCA